UUGGGGCGGCAAAAACAGUAGAGCCGGCCCUGAUUAGGGGUUACCUUUCCAGUGUUUCUCUGCAACCACAAGGGCUAGAAAUGACUGUUCUUUUUUUAUUACAAGCUGUGAUUCUCUCAUAUUCACAUGACUCCAGGAGCUGGGGCUUUAACCAAAACAACAGUUAUGGCCAGUCUUGCAAGGCUGGCAACACUGCACCCCAUGCUGUAGCCCUGGGCUGGGGAGUGUUUGAUUCAGUGGUUGCUCACUAAAGGCACACGUGGUCUCUGCUUUCAGAGCAGGAUCUGCUUGGGCAGAGACUGGGAUGCGAGAUCAACACUCAAGCGAGAGGAAUGUGCUGGUGGCAAAUGGGCCAUGUGCUGGCAGUAAGUGUGUUCGUUCUCUGGGCCCGGCCCUUUAAGGAAAUGGUAUUUGGGAGCAACGCCUCCCUACAAACUUGACUGGGCUGGUCCCAGCAAGCUAGGCCAGCUGUAUACAAGACAUCCCUUCCCAGCCAGCUGGGAGGAGGCUGCAGGCUGAGGGGCAGGGACUGGAGGAGCAUCGGCGCCAGGCAGAGGAGCGUGUGAGGCAGACAGGCUGGAGCGCAGCAGGGAUCCGGAGCCCAGCAGAGCGAGUGGGAACCCAGGGGAGCCGGGGUGGGACGCGACCCCUCCGCUGUCUCAGUGAUGAGCUGCCUGGCUGACCCUGCCACCAGCUCCGGGAAACUCAAGAAGAGCAAGAAGAAGAUGCUGGAGCCGAAGAAGUGGCAGAGCCUGGAGGAGACGGGGAGCGAUGCCCCCCAGCCAAGGAGACGCCCCAGCCUCUCCAGAUCAAAGACCUAUGACCCAUCCUUCUCCAAAGAGACCGAACAGGAGCCGACGCUGGGCAGGCAGAGGGUCACCUCGUCCGCUUUAGCCAAGCGCCUGGCGAGCUACCACAAGGCCUUCAAGGAGAUGCCCGAGGAGGAGUCCCUACUGGACAGUGUCUCCUGUGCCUGGCAAAGGGAAGUCCCCUAUCACGGGCGCCUCUACAUCUCCCAGAACUACAUCUGCUUCCACUGCAGUAUGCUGCUCCGGGACGUCAAGGUGGUGAUCCCCGUCUCCUCUGUCGCCAUCCUCAAGAAGGCGAACACGGCGCUGCUGGUGCCCAACGCCCUCAGCAUUCGGACCGCCGAGGGCGAGAAGGUGCGAGCAGAGGGCAAGUUUCUCUUUGUCUCCAUGCGGACCCGGGAGGCCACGUACCAGCUGCUGCGAUCGGUCUGCAAACACCUGCAGGACGGGAGCACGAGCAGCAGCCCCCCGGCCUCGCCCGCCAACACCAGCUCCGAGCUCUGCGAGAAGGCUCUGACCUCGAGCCAGUCGGACCUGGAGCUGAACCCCGCUGAGUCUGACGGCCUCCUGGACCAGCAAGAUGGGCUGGGCCCGAAGCAGAGCAGAGAGAAUGAGGGCAAGGAGACGGCAGCGCCGAGCACAGGGGGCACGUGGGCAGGCAGGCAGAUGAAGAAGAAGCCCAGGGGCUGGUGGGCGCAACUGAGCACCCUCAACGUCGUCAUCCUCAUCUACCUGCUGCUGGUGGUGGUGUUGCUGCUGUCCUCGGGGUACAUUGGCCUGCGGAUCGUGGCACUGGAGCAGCAGCUGAUGGCAAUGGGGGCCUGGCCGGAGCUCGACCUACAGCAAUACAAGACGACCUGAAACCAGGGAGGAGUCAGGCUGCACUCAGCACCGGAGCCUCGUGCCCGAAGGACCAGGCUUGCGGCUGGCAGAUGCCACCCCUGCCAAAUGGGCUGGAAUCCCACGGCUCUCCCCCUCACCCUGAGCUGGGUCUUGCCCUCAGCAGAGCUGGGGCUGAUUUUUAAGGAGACCAGGGGAGGGAAAUGAACCGACAAGGCCUGGACCAGGAACAACUCCUCGUCGAUGAAAUGCAGACACAGCAGUGCUGGUGCUGAUGCAGAGGACAAGUUGAACGUCUCCUUCUGAGCGGUCGGGCACUUAAACCGUGUGCCUUAAAGCGCCCCUGUGCUGGGUUCAACAGCGCACCAGCUUCCCCUUGGUAACCUGCACAAGCCCUGCUGCAGCUGAUCCCUGCCCAGCCGCAGGGUUUGCAACCUCAGCUGUAACGGACACUGGGCCUGACUGCCCUGAGCAAGCAACUCUCACGCAACCUUCAGCUGAGGCAGCAAAACUCGAUGGACUCGGUCCUUGUGCCAAAAAGGAAAUGGGCGUUUUCGGCUUCCGCCGGGGGCCCUUGGCCCCUGGAGAGCGUGAGAAUAUCCAGCUGGGUGGGGAGGGGAGCCCUGCCCGAGUGAGCGACGCUGCCUGGCUCUCACAGCAGCUGUGCAAUGCAAUGGCGCUGCAAGGCACAAGCCUCCUGCUGACCUCCUGUCCAGCACCGAGCGUCACCCCCUGCUGCUGUCUGAGACACCCUGGGCUCGGGCGUGCUCAGGGCCCCUCCUGGGGAGAUGGGGCUCCCUCCGGGCAUGGGCUGCUGUGGGAAGCAGCUGCUGUCAGCCUCCAGGGGCCCCAGCCAGGCCUGGAAUUCACCUCUGUCCCGCCUGCGGGAGAUGGGGCUGCUAGGUCCCCUAGGGGGUUACGGGUCCCCUGCAGCUGUUGGGAGGACCAUGGCAAAGCUUGGGCCGCGGGCUCUGGUCAGUUACAGGCAGGGGGCUGGGGGUCCGGGUCAUAGCACUGAACCAGUGGGUACGGCCCCCGCCCCAUUCGUUCAGGAACCAAGCCCAGCGCCCCGGUGCCCAGCCGGUGCCUAGAGCAGAACAAGGGCCCGAACCAACCCGCUGGUGCCAACCGCCCCAGGCUGGGGUGAGAAUCCAGCUCGGCCUCGCGCCCUGUGCCCCUGGGCUGGACUAGCCGGCCCCUCCCCUGCUCUCCAUUCGGCUUGGCACAGCCCCUUCCUCCAGUGCCUGGUGCUGCAGGCCAGCUCUCAGGUGGUGCCAGGGGAGAGUCUGGGGUAAAGGGCUGGGUUCUGUUAUUAAUAAAGACAAGCCAGCCCCACA